AUGAUCCUGAUGUCAAAUCUGAACCAUAAACUUCUACCAGAUACACCGGGUGUACUCCACGACAACCGUUGUUCGGAACAGAUCAUGAUACUACAGUCUCCACUGAAGCCUGCGAUACCCAUCGGAUCACUACAAGGUAUAGACGAUGGCACUAUACUCGUGCUCAAACACUUCUCUACCGACCUGUGUGCCGACGCCAUCCGCCGCCUAUACCACAUUCUGCCCGAUCUACACUUUUCGUCUCAGCUAUCAGACUCCCCGAUACAAGCGGACGCCGUCGGAGAUACCGGAACCGACAUCAUAUGCGCUUGGUUCAGGAUAAUGAUACUGAACGACAGCGAAGCUGAUGCAUUAGAGCGCGCAACAAGAUCGAAGAGUAUAGGCGAGUACCUGUCCGGUUGCCAAGCGAGCCAACUGGAAAUGUACUGCGACUUUUUCGAGAAAGCCUGGAGACCUCACGCUGUACAGUAUCUUCGAGCGGCAAUCUGCGCCCAGACACUUGCUGGUGGCGAUAUGAAGACCGUCCGACUACUCGGUGGAGACGUGCCUAGCACUAGUGAAGGCCUCCGGAUGACCAAGCCGUGCUGGGACAUAUUAUAUCGCUGGUUUCCGACGUUGCUUACUCCUUGGACUGCCGCGAGCAUAUGCUCCAACUUCGAGGACUACACUACGCUUUGCAAGUUGCUUAUGCUUGGGCUGUACCGCGAGCACUGGUAUAACAAUUCAGGUAUCUUGAGCGAAUGCGCGACAGGCAUCUACUUCGGAUUUAUCCCCACGAGUAAGGGAGACUUUACCAAGACAAUCAAGACUACCGACAAGGACGAUGGAUUAGUACAAACUCAAGCACGAAACUAUUUGUGUGGCCAAAUGGCCAUGGGUGACCCGAAGACCCAAUACUUCUUGGAUGAGCUACGUAGGCGAACGCAGCGACUAUAUCUUGUCGUCUACGAAGGCACGAACGUCGAUGCUACAGUUCACCCCACCGAAGCCGAUCUGUUCAUAAAACGUACGCGCUCCGUACAGACCUCUGCACAAGAUCCUGAAGCGGACUGGACUACCAGGAUCACGUUGGAAGACGUCAAGAACGACCUACGGCUACGUAAGACUUCCAUGUACGACCCCAUCGUCGUUGACUCCUGGCAAUUCAUCAUCAUCGAUCGCGAAGCGGGUAUGCCAUUCGAGUUGAUCGAUAUUGUUCAAGACACAUUGCUCAGGCUUGCCGGUGACCCUUCGCCUCGGCGGAUAGCGAAACGAGUCGUCUCUGAAGUGAUACCACCCUCAGUACAGGAGAUAUUCCUGGAGGAGAUGACCAUUGAAUGCUCGGCUGACAUGCGCUUCCCUGCACCACCCUCGGUCCAGUACGAAGGCCACCGAUACCGACACCACGCUCCAGACAGAGACGCCAUACUAACCUACCAAAAGAAUACAGCAGCUGAAGUCCGUUCGCGGGAUUCCAAUCGCUUCGUACGAAGAGUCGUUGACGAUAUGGAGCGCUGCGGCAUCAUUAGCCUAGUCCAGGAGUACGAGGAGCCUCAAACCCGUCCGGUGAUCAUGCAGGGCUCAGACGGCGCUCUUGAUCUAUACUUCCCCUAUGAUCAUAGUGACCAGACCUCCAUGGUACCAGAGCUUCCUCUGCCCUCUGCCACUUGCUUGCUAGACUUUGCUCAAGCUUUCAAACAACAACACCCUGAUGGCAUCAUGGCUAAAGGCUCGAUACAAACACAUUAUUGCGCUUGGCCUAUGCCUUUCAUCAAGAGUCUCGGUAAUAUUGGGUUGACGUUUGCUACGUGGGAAGGUCAUAUCUACCGCUGGAAUGCGAUGCCAUUCGAUCGCCCUUGGUCUGCUAAUGCAUGGCAAUACUACAUUCAACAUUGCAUCAACUCCAAAUAUCCCUUCGUAAUGUUUUAUCUCACCACUUUCGUUAUCUGUGCAACGGGUCGGGAAGACGCAGAGGAUAAAGCGGCGAUGUUGUUGAAUGAGACAGAAGAUCGUGGAUGGCGUGUUGUACUACCUCGUGCGAGCGAGUGGAAGUCGGAUGUUGAUGAUUUGAAACUGGAUACGCUGUAUGAGGGAGUCAAGCCGGCUUAG